CGCGGCGCUGCCUCCUCGCCGGCGCGGGCAUGGAGGAGGCGGCCUGAGGGCCCGAGCCGAGCGGGGCUGGAGCGCGCGAUCUGACCUACCAGAAACAUGGCAACCAGUGCUGUCCCCAGCGACAACCUCCCCACAUACAAGCUGGUGGUGGUGGGAGAUGGGGGCGUGGGCAAGAGUGCCCUCACCAUCCAGUUUUUCCAGAAGAUCUUUGUGCCUGACUACGACCCCACCAUCGAAGACUCCUACCUGAAACACACAGAGAUUGACAAUCAAUGGGCCAUCUUGGACGUUCUGGACACAGCGGGGCAGGAGGAGUUCAGCGCCAUGCGGGAGCAGUACAUGCGCACAGGGGACGGCUUCCUCAUCGUCUACUCAGUCACCGACAAGGCCAGCUUCGAGCACGUGGACCGCUUCCACCAGCUCAUCCUGCGCGUGAAGGACAGGGAGUCGUUCCCCAUGAUCCUCGUGGCCAACAAGGUCGACUUGAUGCACUUGAGGAAAAUCACCAGGGAGCAAGGAAAAGAAAUGGCGACCAAACACAAUAUUCCGUACAUAGAAACCAGUGCCAAGGACCCGCCUCUCAACGUCGACAAAGCCUUCCAUGACCUCGUCAGAGUCAUUAGGCAACAGAUUCCAGAAAAAAGCCAGAAGAAGAAGAAGAAAACCAAAUGGCGGGGAGACCGGGCCACUGGCACCCACAAACUGCAGUCCCUAGGCAAAGUAGAACAUCCCUCAGCGGGUGGCCUGGCCACUGUUUGGAGAAAGAAUCCCUGGGGCAGCGCCCAUCUGGACAUCGGGACAUCUGGAUCCUUCUCCAGUCCUGAGCCCGUGCUGAGUUCCUGACUCAGCAAGAUCGCCAGCACCGAGGGGCCCAGCUGAAGAGUGAGUCUGCUGCAGAAUGAGACAGUGGGGACUUCCGUUAGUUGGAAAUCAAACUUAUUUGUCUAAAUGGCCCUUUUUUUCUGACCCUAAAAGGAAGAAUAACAGAACAUUCCAGAUCAGGCACUUCAGAGCUUCCCAAGAUCCUGUCAUGUUAAGGGGCAUUUUAAACACUAAGAGGACAAGGCCCUUUCCAGCCCCUGCGGUCCUCUGAGCCACGUCCAUAGCAGCCCUGCGUGCAGUGUGAUGGCAGCGCACACCGGAGCCCAGGAAGAGGCAAGGCAGGCAGGCAGAAGUGAGGAUGGAGAUGCUUCACGUCGAGGGAGUGGUGGGGUGGGACAAGAAGCCCCCUCACAAGGCAGUGUCCACUGCCAGAGAACUUCUGCCACGCACAGACCACCACCACACACCCCUGCCCACUGUGGAGCCCGCAGCUCCCUGAGAGCACUGCGUGGGGAGUCUUGUUGGAAGCAGAUCGGUUAUCUGGAAGGAAGGCCUUAGCCAUGAAGAUAACCAGACAAAGGCGUUCCAAUGCUUCUGGUCCCCCCAGCAGGGGCAGUGCAUCUGCCCCACCCCUGGCCCCAUCUUCCAGGGCAUCUGUCCUGUGCUCAGCUCACAGCUUAACUCCAUGGUGCGGGUGGCCUGCAGCGUCUGCUGUUGAGCCAACGGUCAGCCUUCUUCUCCCAUGACCUCACUUUCACCAGAGGUGAGAUGGGUAAAUAUACUUUUAAAAGACAGUUCUUUGUGCUUUAGGGAACCAUGGGCCCUUGUGGCAGUGGCAACUUCUAGAUAGGCCAGAGUGGAGUAUACCCUGGGGCAUCCCCAAUACAAUGCCUUUUCCAUGGUCACCUGGCAGGGUCAGUCUGGGAAACCAGUUGGCCAUGCUACUCUAUGACUGAGGAGCCCAAUGUGACUUGUAUCUUUGGUGACAUCCUGGUGUUCCCAAUGUUUUCUCUGACCACCUGAAUAGUGCUCCCAUCACAUCCCCUGGAGCACACCCUUCCUGAAAUCCCCUCACCCUAUGCCUUUGCCACUGUGUGCUCUCAGAUUUGCUUCUAAAAUUCUGAUUACUGCCCCCCCCCGUAAAGGGCUCCUUUUCUCCCCAGCAGGUAACCGUAGCCAUCCUCCCCACCCCCACAGUCUGGGGCUAUGGCCACUGACUUCCCCUGCACUUUGCCACACAGGGGGCGCUUGGAUUGUUUCUCUUAGGACUUUGCCCCCUACCUUCUUGUGGCGCUUGCUGUGGAGAGUGCCUAGUAGCCUAGUGUGUCCUGUCUCACUUUGCCGGGACACGUGACCCACUAGCACAUGGCAGCUCUAACCUAAAGGCCCCUCAGAUGUGGUACAGUGAAUCAGGAGCCACAGACAUGUGCCCUCCAUUAGCGACCCAUUGGACUAGAAAUCCCACGUCGGGCUUCCUUCGAAUGACAGAUACUUGAAUUACCGAGCACCUGUGAGCGCCCAGCUUCUGUUACACAGUAUUCACAGGUGGCCAUUGUCAUGAAACGAGAGUGAUGCCUGAAGAUCUCAAUGAUGCUUGAGCCUUUUAUGUAACUUUUUAUUAAGUCUUUGUGUAUCUCAACUCAUUAAUAAAGAAAAGGA